AUGGCUAUAGAGACGUUAUUGAUUGUAAACAAAUCUGGAGGUUUAAUUUAUCACCGAAAUUUUGGAGAAGCUUGUGAAAAGAGGAAGAAAUUGACUAGUAACGAUUACUUAAUUAUAGCGAGCACGUUACAUAGUAUAUUAGCCAUAUCUGGUCAGAUAACGCCGAGGGCAUUGAAAUUGAAUCAAGAUGAUAUAGAUUACACCAUUCCAUAUGUCCCUGGAGUUGGGAUGCCCUCAAGUGAUUCCAGCAAUAACAGUAAAAUGUCCAAACUUGGCAGUUUUAAAGGAGACGAUUAUUUUAAAGAAUCAUUUACCAGUUGGAACAAGAGUGGACUGAGACAAUUAAGUACGGAUCAAUUUACGAUGUUUGUAUAUCAGACGCUGACUGGGUUGAAAUUUAUAGCAAUAAGUUCUAGUGUUCUGCCCAAGAAUAACGAGAUGGAAACGUCUAAAAAUUUGAAUCUUGCGAAUCAGAUAGGUGACAAUUUUUUGAGAAAGAUAUAUUGCAUUUACAGUGAUUACGUUAUGAAGGAUCCACUAUAUUCAUUAGAGAUGCCAAUAAAAUCAGAAAAUUUUGACAAGAAAGUACAAGAGAUGGUUUAUAAUGUUCAAUAG